AUGCUUCUGCUCCUCGCCGUUCUCGUCCCUUUAGCGUGGUGUCAAUCACCACUGAGUAAGGCAUGGAACGAAGCUCUUCCUGGAGUGCAACCUUUUUGGGAAAAAUAUCAGACUGGACCGCAUGGAGUGGUCAUCCGAGGAUGGCAAUUUAGUCGCUGCGCAAGCGAGCAGUGGACCAAUUAUGUAGUGAACGUGUCGAACAUCGUCAUCUGGCCUGACUAUCCACGGUUCCCAGGCCCGAUUUUCUUCAACGUGACUAUGGAUGUGUCUGAGGAUCUGCCCGUCGACAAGAUCGAAAUGGAUCUCGAGGUUCGACAUGCGGUCACAAAUAAACAGGGCUCCAAAGGCUGGCAGGUGAUUCCAUGCCAAGGAUGGAACAUUAUAGACGGUUGUGAUGGGGUUGGAUCAUGUCGCUACUGUGACAUGUUGGAUAAGUGCAAUGAGGCAGUGAAAGGAGCACAUAAGUAUAUCAAAGACGCGAAAGCUCAGGAUUUCCUCCGACAAAACAAACUUUGCCCACCUCCGAAAGGACACUGGACUAUGACAUUUUCGAAAGUGUUCUCGUCUGAGGACCUUCCUAAAUCCUUCUUUGGGCCUCUGCAGUCGAACGAGUACUGGCUGACCUUUUCUUUCACGGACGGAAAGGAUCGAAAACUUGGCUGUGCUCGAUUGUGGGUUGACGUGUGCAAGUACCACCUCCAGGACAAGGCACAAAAGUGUCUGCGAGACCCGAAUGCCUUCAAGAACUUCAUCAACGAGAUCUCUUCGCAAGCCGAACAAAUCAGAAACAGAGGUUGA